AUGGUUCUAUUCUUCACGUCGAACGUUGUUGAACCGCCGGUGACGAUUUACAUGGGCAGAGACAAGGAGGAAAAUGAGGAUCUCAUCAAGUAUGCGUGGCCAGAAGAUGUAUGGUUUCAUGUGGACAAGCUCUCGUCUGCGCACGUCUAUCUACGACUACCGCCUUCGAUACCGUCCUGGGAGAAUAUCCCGCAAGCUCUUGACCGAUUGUGCUCAGUUGGCAACAAGAAGAACAAUCUCCAGAUUGUCUACACGCCGGCGAGUAACCUGAAGAAGACGGGAGACAUGGCUGUCGGUCAAGUCUCUUUUCACAGAAACGAAAAGGUCAAAAGAGUCCACGUCGCAGCACGCGAGAACCCGAUCGUCAAUCGACUGAACAAGACCAAAGUCGAGCGAGAAGUUGAUCACGAGGCGGAAAAGGCAGAACGACUCCGUCAAGAGGCGGCGUCGCGAAGACAGGAAGCAGCAGCAAAGCGGAAAGCCGAGCUUGAGCUCGCGAAGAAGCGAGAGGAAGAGAAAAAGGCGCGUUCAUACGACCAUGCUUGGGCGUCUGCGGAGCCGUCUACGAGUAAGAGUGCCGCGGCCGACGAGGACGAAGAUUUCUGGGGUGAGAAUGCAAAGACUGACAACAUUGAUGAUUCGAGGAUGAAAGAGUUUGAGGAUUUUAUGUGA